AACCCGUCCCAGCGCCUGCGCAGAAGCGCGUGCUGGGAGCCUGUCGCGGAGGCGGGGGGCAUAGGGAGCGGGAGCUGCGGCCGCCGCCGCCGCCGCCGCCGCCGCUGCCGGAGCUAAGCGCGGGGACCGAGAUGCAGGUGGGACCGGAACCGGAACCCCCCUCUUCAAGUGCCUCUUUCCUCUCCGGACUCGACCCUGUCGUCUGAGAAGCCUGGGCGGGGGUGGGCGUGGGGGCUCGGGGCUGGAGGGGUGCUCGGCUCCCGAGAGGGCAGCAGAUAGUUGGUCCCUCGGAGGCUCCGGCCCAGGGGCAUGUGGAGGGUGUCCAACGACUAGGAUCGGGUCCGAGUGAUUAACCACGGGGCCCGGAGGGUCCGAACCUGGAGCGCAGCCUGCACCCUCCACCACCCGCCCUUCUGGAAUGUCAGAACUAAGCCAAGAGGCAGGUGCACCGGAAAACUGUGACUGAGCCGUCUUGGCAGAAGAGAAACUGAGUCACCAGUCCAGGAACCGCAGGGUCAGCGGGCCUGAAGGGGGCUGGGUCGGCCAGUAGUGCUGAGGGCUGGGUGGGCCUGUGUGAGCCGAGGUAGCCUCUGGCUGGGGACUGUCUCUGCCUUGCCUGCGCCUCUUGGCCCCGAUUCCCCUGUGCUCUGUGACUCCCGCAUCUCCUGGCUGCUUCUCCUUGGUUUGGAGUUGUCCCUGUGGUUGGAGCCAUCGGAGUAUGUAGGAAGGGCCAAGGAGGAAGGGGAGGGGGUCUCUGACUUGCAGCUUGGUUGUAGGUUUGAUGAAGAGGCUGGCACCACUGAUAGUUUGGGUAGACUUUCCUGAGCCGUCCAGAGGUGUCUCCUUUCAGUCUAUCAUAGGGCAGGACCACUCACCAAAGAGCCACCGGUUGUAAAUUACAUACGGAGCUCUGUCACUUUCUAGUUGUGAUGUAAGAGUUGGGGCACCCGCAGAAGCGCUUCCUUUCUGGAGCCCAAAUGGGACCCAUCAUACUGUCCUCCCCCAUAAAAAAUAGUGACGGUGGCAGUGAUGUGUGCUUACUGUGUAAAGCAUAGACAUGUUCCUUGUCAUUUCAUUUCUCCUGACAACUGUAGCAGGUAGCGGUUAGUAACUGUGUUUUACAGAGACAAAAGCUAGGUUCACACAGCUAACAGGUGGGCUGAGCUGGGGCUUGAGUCCAAGACUCACAGGUACACUCCCCAGGGAGAGAAAAAUCCUGAGCCCCGGCUCCGUGUGAUGCCUUACUUCUGUGGCUAGUAAAGACUUGUUCUGACCCAACACACCAUCUCUUUUUCUCUAGCAUUGCUAUCACUCAGCCCUAGACUAUAGGGGGCAACCCAGAGAUUGGCCUUCAGCCAAUCCAAGACUUCCCACAGGGCUUAAAUGCUGGGUUGUAGGAUCAGCUUCGAAGACAACUGAGCCUUCAGUCCAACUUCCACUCAUUGGACCUAUGAUGCAAGGUCUCUAAAGGGUGUAAUCCCUGCACCCUUUGGUCCCCUGAGAACAGAGCAGUAGGAGCUGUGGUUGAGGCUGGUCCAGCAUAUCCCUGGAGACUAGAACUGUGCAGUGGGAAAUGCAGUAGACUCUGAGUUCUGGAACUUGUUUGAAUCUCCGUUUCCUCGUCUGUAAGAGGUUAGUAAGUUGUCUAAGGAAAGGAAAAACGACCUUGUGGAGCCCUCUGGAAUGGCACAUUCAAAAUGUGUGAUAGUUAGGGAAGGUUUUUGUCUUAGAGAAGGGAUGGCAGUGAUCUUAAGAGUCCCCUGUGGGGUAAGAUGCUUCAAGGCCCUUUCCUGGGUCCCACAACAGGAAGAGGGGUGGCAAAGGCAGCAGGAUUGGGCUUAGCAUCCCUCAUCUCUGGAGUAUAUGAGGGUUAUUGAUCUUGAAGAGGGCAAAACAGUUUAGUUCUCUUCGCCUGUUGCCCUCUGAGGAGCCCGGAGGGGAGUCCCUGGCCUGGGCUGAGACAUAACUCAAUCUCACUUCUGCAGUAACUCAAUGUGUGUGCCUCUUCUUUCUACAGCUGUUGCCGCUCAUCCCGCGUCUUCUGGCUGCUUCCCUGUUUGUUCCCCGCAGGCUCCCCCUGUCCUCCUCCUGGGGCCCAUCAUGAAUGGUGCCCCUUCCCCGGAGGAUGGGGUCUUCCCUUCUCCACCAGCGCUGCCACCACCCCCUCCCCCAAGUUGGCAAGAGUUCUGUGAGUCCCAUGCGAGGGCAGCUGCCCUGGAUCUUGCCCGACGUUUUCGCCUCUACCUGGCCUCCCACCCACAGUAUGCAGAGCCGGGAGCAGAGGCCGCCUUUUCUGGCCGUUUUGCUGAGCUCUUCCUGCAGCACUUCGAAGCCGAGGUGGCUCGGGCCUCGGGCUCACUCUCCCCACCUGUCCUGGCUCCAUUGAGCCCUGGUGUGGAAAUCCCACCAUCACACGACCUGUCCCUUGAGAGCUGCAGGGUGGGUGGGCCCCUGGCAGUGUUGGGCCCUUCUCGAUCUUCUGAGGACCUGGCUGGCCCCCUUCCUUCCUCAGUCCCUUCCUCUACAACAUCCUCAAAGCCAAAGCUCAAGAAGCGUUUCUCCCUCCGCUCAGUGGGCCGUUCAGUCAGAGGCUCUGUUCGGGGCAUCCUGCAGUGGCGGGGUGCCGUAGACUCUCCCUCCCAAGCUGGGCCUCUGGAGACCACAUCCGGCCCUCCAGUUCUAGGUGGAAACAGCAACUCCAACUCCUCUGGAGGUGCUGGGACAGUUGGUAGGGCAUUGGCUAAUGAUGGCACAUCCCCUGGGGAGAGAUGGACUCAUCGCUUUGAGAGGCUGAGGCUAAGUCGUGGAGGGGGAACCCUGAAAGACGGAUCAGGAAUGAUACAGAGAGAAGAGCUGCUGAGUUUCAUGGGGGCUGAAGAGGCUGCCCCUGACCCAGCAGGAGUGGGUCGUGGAGGAGGGGCAGCUGGGCUGACCUCAGGAGGAGGAGGGCAGCCUCAGUGGCAAAAGUGUCGCUUGCUGCUCCGGAGUGAAGGAGAAGGAGGAGGAGGAAGUCGCUUGGAGUUCUUUGUACCACCCAAGGCAUCCCGGCCCCGUCUCAGCAUUCCCUGUUCUACUAUUACUGAUGUCCGCACAGCCACAGCCCUAGAGAUGCCUGACAGGGAGAACACAUUUGUGGUUAAGGUAGCAGGCCCUUCGGAGUACAUCCUGGAGACAACUGACGCACUUCAUGUGAAGGCCUGGGUGUCUGACAUCCAAGAAUGCCUAAGCCCCGGACCCUGUCCUGCUAUCAGCCCCCGUCCCAUGACCCUUCCCCUGGCCCCUGGGACCUCCUUCCUCACAAAGGAUAACACAGACAGCCUGGAGUUGCCCUGCCUGAAUCAUUCAGAGAGUCUGCCUAGCCAGGAUCUGCUGCUGGGACCCAGCGAGAGUAACGACCGCCUGUCGCAGGGAGCUUAUGGGGGCCUCUCAGACCGGCCGUCAGCGUCCUUCUCCCCUAGUUCUGCCUCCAUUGCUGCCUCCCAUUUUGAUUCAAUGGAACUGCUUCCUCCAGAAUUGCCUCCUCGAAUUCCCAUUGAGGAGGGGCCUCCAGCAGGGACAGUUCAUCCCCUCUCUACCCCCUACCCUCCCCUGGAUACUCCAGAAGCAGCCACAGGAUCAUUCCUGUUCCAAGGGGAGUCAGAGGGGGGUGAGGGGGAUCAGCCCCUCUCAGGCUAUCCUUGGUUCCACGGCAUGCUCUCUCGACUCAAAGCUGCCCAGUUAGUGUUAGAAGGAGGCACUGGCUCCCAUGGUGUCUUCUUGGUACGCCAGAGUGAGACAAGGCGUGGUGAAUAUGUCCUCACUUUCAACUUCCAGGGCAAGGCCAAGCACCUGCGCUUGUCACUAAAUGAGGAGGGACAGUGCCGGGUCCAACAUCUGUGGUUCCAGUCCAUUUUCGAUAUGCUUGAGCACUUCCGGGUGCACCCCAUCCCUCUGGAGUCUGGAGGCUCCAGUGAUGUUGUCCUUGUCAGCUAUGUGCCCUCCCAGCGGCAGCAGGGCCGGGAGCAGGCUGGGAGCCAUGCAGGGGUGUGCGAGGGCGACCGAUGCUACCCCGAUGCCUCCUCCACCCUCCUGCCCUUCGGAGCGAGUGACUGUGUAACGGAGCACCUCCCGUGACCCAGCCCAGCCCUCUGAACCCCCUCCAUGGACAGAUCCCCCACAUCCUGGGGCAGAAGAGGCGUCGGGGGCGCCAGAAGUUGCGGCAGCCACAGCCGCAGCAGCCAAAGAGAGGCAAGAGAAAGAGAAAGCGGGCAGUGGAGGGGUCCAGGAAGAGCUGGUCCCCGUGGCUGAGCUGGUCCCCAUGGUUGAAUUGGAAGAGGCCAUAGCACCAGGCACUGAGGCUCAGGGUGGUGCUGGCUCUAGUGGGGACUUGGAGGUGUCCCUAAUGGUACAGCUCCAGCAGCUACCACUAGGGGGCAACGGAGAAGAAGGGGGUCACCCCCGAGCCAUUAAUAAUCAGUACUCAUUUGUGUGAGGUACCUGCCCACCCUCCAUUCUCCUGCUCCCAGCCUUAAGUUGUGAGAGUGAGCUGGGCGGGAACACAGAGGAAGGUGGGCGUCCCCCCCUACAUGCUUCCUGACCCUUGUCAGCCAAGGGUGUGUAUGCUGUACAAGUAGAGGUUCAAGAGCCCUGUUAAGUCCCCAGUUACUACACACUACAGGUGCCCCAGGCCAAGGACUUGGGCUCCGUUACCUCCCUGAGGGGCUCUUACGGUCAGCCCCAUCCCUGGGGGCUGCUUCCCCACUAAUAACCCCCAGCCCAGUCAAGGGUGAGGGGGAAGGGCUGUCAGUUAUAUUAAGGUGGUUGUUGUUGUUGUUUUAAACAAAAUGGAAAAGCAUAAAUAAAUAAAGGGUUUAUCUCAGUUCCAUCAUGA